GCGACCCUCUUUGUUUUUUUUCCCCGGGUUUCAGAUCUUUGAUUCUCUAAGCAGGGUUGCCACAAAUACCCAACCCACUCAAAUUUCUCAAAUCCUAUCAAUUGGUUCACAUAAUUCUACAUUUCCCCAUCUUCCCUCUUAUAACCACUAAUACCAAUGAUAAUUGCGAGGAAAUCCAGGAUUUUUCAGCUUCCGUGGCUAAAAGGGUCACGUAAACAGGGAGGUCUGAAUUUCUGAGAAUUUUUAGAACCGGGUUUCUCUCCGUAAAUCAAUAUGUUGAAGCUUUGCUUAAUGGUUUCUCAUGGCUACCCUCGUGGUCUGGGGCCUGUUUUACACCAAGAGCCAGGCUUUAGCAGGAUGGUCAAGGAGUUUGGUUCCGUCUUCCCAGGUCAGCUAGUGAAACAAGACAUGGUACAGAUUGGCUCCUUUGAUCUGAGGUGCAACCAAUUCCAUUUCCAGGAGCAGCCAAAGCCAGUUACUGCACUAUGUGAGACCAAACUGAUUAUCGAUGCUGAUCCAACGGCACAAAACCCCGUGGUUAUAGAUAAACCAGAUGCUUAUCUAGACACAGCACGGUUUAGCUUCAGGAUAGCUGAAAAGUGCACUAGACAUGAAAAAAUCUUGAAGUUUCUUAUGUCUGGAUCGAAUGAAUUAGAGAAUGGGGAACUUGAUUUGUCUUUGCUAUCUGAUUUGAUGGGACUUCAACCACUGAUGUUUGGUGUGCAUCAACAGCCUUAUGCGUCUUCUCUAAUAUAUCCAAGUAGCAAAAUCGAUUACCAGGUGCCUCUCCCAGACUUUUUAGGAGAGAUGAUCCACUAUUCGAAAAUUACAGUUAACCCAGAUGGUCAAGUUGUACUUACAGCUACCGGGACUGAGAUGAAAGACAUCCUUUCGAUCGUAGCUGAGUUUUACUUAUCAAGCAACUCAACUAAGUCUAGAAAUCAGUUUUCACUGGUCCCAUACUUUGAUAGGAAGCGGAUUACCAAAGCACGUACCGGUACUAACCUAUCUUCUCCACAGUCUGAAGUUGCGAGUAUUGCACCUAUGAAAAGUCCCGAGAAAAUCAAGCAGAAGCCAUCUCCAAAGAAGAAUGCAUCUAGGAAGUUAGCCAGUGAGAGAGAUCUCUACAAAAAGAAUUAUUUCCAUGCAUGUGAGUGUCUUCUUUCCUUGAUCGUUGAUAAGAGACGGCAUGGCAGAACAGCAAUUCUUUCCCUUAAGAAAUCCGGCCCUGAACUUUCUCAGCUCUUGUCCCAAUUCUCCGCUGGCAUUGCUGGGACCGGUCUUGCUGUUCUUUUAUCUGUUAUUUGGAAGGUAGCUUGUUGGAGAGUUCCAUUUUGUACACCUAAACUCUUUAGCGCCAGCAUCGGUUUUGGGCUAGUUUGGAUCUCAUGGGCAGUUAACCAAUUGAGAGACACGGUUGUACAAAUCAGCAAAAAUACUAGCAAGUCUGGUCUGAAGGAAGAGGAGAUGGUUGAGAGAGUGGAGAAAAGUGUUAAUCAGAUCUAUUUCAGAGCCGCGACAUUGAUGGCUAUAGCAGUGCUGAGAUUUGCAUGAACUCUGAAGAUCUAGACAGUCGAAAGUUAGACUCAAUUAUAUUGAUCUGGGAUGUCAAUAUCUGAAGAACAGAGAGGGGUUCUGAGGGCAACAAUGGAACUCUGACUUACUAUGCUAUAUCCAUGGGGGGUCCUAUGAUGGGCUUGAGAGCACAUACUCUGGUGCUUCUGUAUGUACAACAAUCGUAAACAUGUAAAUGGAGAGGGUCAGAGUACUACUGCCUUAGGGCCAAAAGGAACAAACCUUUCAUUUAUAUAUAACUACAAUUUUGGCAUUGCA